AUGCCGAGCGCCACGGGAGAGAACUGGGAGAAGUACAAGAAGAACUUCGCCGAUGAUGAAGAGCCCGAGAAGAAGAUUACCCCUCUUACAGAUGAGGACAUCGCAGUAUUGAAGACCUACGGUGCCGCUCCAUAUGCGAACGCAUUAAAGAAGCUAGAGAAACAGAUCAAAGACAGACAAGCGAGCGUAAACGAAAAGAUUGGGGUCAAGGAAUCCGACACGGGUCUGGCACCUCCACAUCUAUGGGACGUCGCUGCGGAUAGGCAACGUAUGGCAGAGGAGCAGCCGCUGCAGGUAGCUCGAUGCACAAAGAUUAUCCAGGAUGAGAAGGACCAAGACAAGAGCAAAUAUGUCAUCAACGUCAAGCAGAUCGCCAAAUUCGUGGUCAACCUGGGGGAGCGUGUGAGUCCUACAGAUAUCGAAGAGGGUAUGCGAGUUGGUGUCGACCGAAACAAGUACCAGAUCAUGUUGCCACUCCCGCCGAAGAUCGACCCGAGCGUGACAAUGAUGACGGUCGAGGAUAAGCCUGACGUGACAUACGGAGAUGUCGGAGGUUGCAAGGAACAAAUCGAAAAGCUACGAGAAGUUGUCGAGAUGCCUUUACUCUCCCCCGAACGCUUCGUCAAUCUCGGUAUCGACCCUCCUAAGGGUGCCCUGCUGUACGGCCCUCCAGGAACCGGAAAGACCCUCUGCGCCCGAGCCGUCGCCAACCGAACCGAUGCAACCUUCAUUCGUGUUAUCGGUAGUGAAUUAGUCCAGAAAUACGUCGGCGAGGGAGCCCGGAUGGUCCGUGAGCUGUUCGAGAUGGCCCGAACCAAGAAGGCCUGCAUCAUCUUCUUUGACGAAAUUGAUGCAGUCGGUGGAGCGCGUUUCGAUGACGGUGCCGGUGGUGACAACGAAGUUCAGCGAACCAUGUUGGAACUUAUCACACAGCUCGACGGUUUCGACGCCCGAGGUAACAUCAAAGUCAUGUUUGCAACCAACAGACCCUCAACCCUUGACCCUGCCCUGAUGCGUCCCGGACGUAUCGAUCGCAAGAUCGAGUUCUCGUUACCUGACGUCGAGGGCCGUGCAAACAUCCUCCGUAUUCACGCCAAGAGUAUGUCCGUGGAGCGGGAUAUCCGAUGGGAACUUAUCUCUCGACUAUGCCCGAACGCCACAGGUGCGGAGCUCCGGAGUGUCGCAACAGAGGCCGGCAUGUUUGCCAUUCGUGCGCGACGGAAGGUCGCGACGGAGAAGGACUUCCUGGCCGCUGUGGAUAAGGUAAUUAAGGGUAACUUGAAGUUCAACUCGACGGCCACAUACAUGCAGUAUAAUUAG